AUGGAGGCGCCUCGUGUUUCUCGUUUUCUGGACCCGACGUCCGCCGUCGCCGCAAUCACUAAGCACAAAGCGGAAGCGAUCAAGCUUGCCCGCGAGCAAGGCGCCGCCGUCCGUGAAAUGUGCCGCCGAGCGAAGACCGAGACCCCGCCAUACGAAUUCGAAGAGCUCAUCGGGAAAGGAGCAUACGGUCGAGUGUACAAAGGCCAUCAACUACCAUCUCGACAAGUUGUGGCAAUCAAAGUGUUAGACAUCGAUUCGUUGGAUUACAAGUCCGUUCGAGAUUUCAAAGACGAGUCGAUAAAAGAUUUCAUUCACGAGACAAAGGUCAUGAAGCAAGUCAAGGAUGCGGGGGCCAAGAACAUCAACGAACUUAUAGAAGCUGUCUCGAUCCAUUCGCAGCUGUGGCUGGUUUGCGAGUACUGCCCUGGUGGUAGUGUCAGAACUCUGAUGCGUGCGACUGGUGACCGACUUGAUGAAAAGUUUCUUAUUCCCGUAGCUCGCGAGCUGGCUGCUGGCUUGCGCGCUAUCCAUGAUGCUGGCAUCAUUCAUCGCGACAUCAAAGCCGCCAACGUCCUCAUCCACGAAGAAGGUAGACUACAGAUCUGCGAUUUCGGUGUCGCUGGAAUUCUACAGUCCCAAAAGGACAAACGAUCAACGUGGAUCGGCACUCCCCACUGGAUGCCACCAGAGAUGUUCUCGGCCGGUCAAGGUCACCAGUACAGCAGCGAGGUUUGUCUAUUACCUCCUAUUUGA